AUGCCACUUCCCGAGCGCAUCAGUGUCAAGAGGCGCCGAUCUCAAGAGCCCGUUGAUACUUUAUAUCUCGAACACGGCACUGUCCCUGACAGAAAACGGAGGGUCACAGACUUCUACUUCCAACGGCUCAGCCAUGAUCCCAUAGCUCCUAUAUCCUCCCGCAAUGCACCUUCCGUUCCCCUCGAUCCUCCCAAAACCUCAGCCGAUGGCAUUCCAGCAAUACGGCCCACGGCGCCUGGAGAUGAUAAGAAGGACUUUGAGAGACUGAGAAGAAACUUGGAAGCAAAUGAGGCUGCUGGAAGAGUGGUGAUCAAGCCAGAGACGCCUGCCGACAUAACCAGCCAGUCUGCGCCAACGACACCCGUUUCAAAAGCAAAGCUAGAGUCUGCGAGACGUUUCCAUCUUGCCCGUCAUCUCGCCCCUGGACUGGGUCUGGGUCCAAAUUCAUCUGGCAGCAUCAGGAAGCAGAAGCUCUCAAUCCGACCUCCUCUAGCCACCUUUGUUGAGAGGCUUGGUGUGAAGUUUCGUCAUGAGGAAAAUCCAUUAUACGGAGGAACGCCGGUUGACAAAAUAUUAGAUGUGGCCCCGGGCGGAGCGUCGGCUGAACCCAAAGAAUCAGAUGUCAAAGCAUUGCAGGCGGCCCAGCGACAUGCUACUAGCACAUUCCUUCAAAAUGUCCCCAACAGUGUUAGGGAGGGCCACUCAAUCAAAGACCAUCCAAGUACUUGGGACCACGAAUCUGACCAAUUGGCGGACGAGCUGGCCGCCCUGGCUAUGGAAUUAGAUCCUGAAGCCAAAGAGCGGCAAGAGCGGCAAGAGCGCGAAGACCCUCCUGCUUCAAUCCCUGUGUCAAAGGAUACUGAAAUGAGCUUCCGCGACCGCGAGGAAGAUUAUAUUUAUGAGACAUAUGUUCGUGUGCGUUACGAUGACGAGACAGAGCGCUUGCUUGACUUGCCUGAUGCCAACAUCGGACUGCUCGUGAUCGACGAAGAGGACGAGGAUUUGUGGCAGAGAUACGUCAACAGUGACGAUGACACAGACUGGGACGACGAAGAUUCUAAUGCUGAAGACAACCCUGCGAAUGACUAUCCUGAGGAUGAACUCAGCUCGGACGACGAGUUCGGAUUCAACCCCUAUAAGCAUCGUCAACAUGCUUCGGAGGACGAAGCUUUUGACGAAGAUGACUUUGACAAAAUUGACAGCAAUAGGUGGUAG